UUUACCACAGCCUGCCUCCGCUUCUCCACCUCGUCGCGGCGGCGCCGCCGCCGCCGCCGUCGAGCUCCACCCGAUCCUUCCAUGCCAUCGAUCCCGCACCUGCUUCUCCACCUCGUCGCCGCGGGGCCUCCCCUCCGUGCAGCCUGAUCGCCGCCUCGGGCCCCAGCGAGUGCCGCGCCGUUGGCGGCAGCGGCGCGCCGCGCCCCUCCCUGCCCCGGCCGGUGAAGAAGCCACCGGCGGCGAGGAAAGCGCCGACCGGCCGCCCGCCUGUUCGACGAAAUGCCUACGGGGAGCGAGGAGGAGGCGCCUUCGGCGGCCGGCGUCGACCGCAUUGGGUCUCUCCCCGACACGGUUCUCCACCACGUUCUCUCCUUCCUGCCGUCGCAGGAUGCGGUGCGGACGUGCGUGCUCGCCAGGCGGUGGCUCGACCUCUGGAAGUCCGUCACGGCAUUGCGCAUCGGCGAUUGCGAAAAGGAUCCGUGGACGGUGAAGGGCCUCCAGGGGUUCGUAGACCAUCUGCUGCUGCUCCGCGAGAGCGCGCCUCUCCACACGUGCGUGCUUAGGUUCAUUGAGUUCAAAGAAGACAGCGAUGACACGGCCCGCCUCAACCUCUGGAUUAGGCACGCUCUGCUGCGUAAGGUUCGGUCCCUCCAAGUCUACAUCCAGGAUGGAGCCUGUUGUUUUCACCAGAUUUAUCUAGACAUCAUGCCUCUUGUCUCGCCGCACUUGAUGAGGCUAGAGCUUACUGGUGUACGGUUAGCGGGCGGAUUCCUCGAUUUCUCCAGAUGUCCGGCUUUGCAGCAUCUAGAGUUUGAGCACUGUGAGUUGCUGUGUGACAAGAUCUCGUCGACGUCCCUGAAAUUUCUCAGCAUCAGUGACUGCAAAUUCAAUCAAACAUCACGGAUUCGUAUUUGUGUCCCAAGUGUUGUUUUACUGCGGCUUGAUGAUUUUUAUGGCCGGACUCCAGUUCUUGAGGGGAUGCCAUCAUUAGUUAAAGCUUUUGUCAGAGUUGCCCAUAGGACUUUGGAUUGUUGUCGAUAUAGUAUCAUCAACUCUGGUGAUUGUGGUAAUUUGGAUUGUAGGUCAUGUUAUGAUAUCAAGUACAUCAACGGCUGUGUUCUUCUGGAUGGUUUAUCAGAAGCUAAAACUUUGGCAUUGAUAGAUGAAAUCCGAUCGUUUAUUUUCAAUAUGGAUUUGAAAUGGUGCCCUUUAUUUAGCAAGUUAAAGACUUUAUUGCUCAACGAAUACUGGUGUGUCCCUGAUGAUUUUAGUGCACUAGCUUGCAUUCUUGAACGUGCACCAGUUCUAGAGAAUCUCAUUCUUCAGCUUUAUUCCGAGGGUCCUAAACAUGCAAUGAAGAUCAAAGGAAACUGCCAUCCAAUGAAUAGAUCAGCUGCAAUAUCAGGACACCUUGAGAGAGUUGAAAUCAGAUGUGAAGCGGUUGAUAAGAGUGUACUCAAAGUCUUGAAGCAUCUAUCUACAUUUGGCAUACCUAUCCGCAUGGUCUAUCGGUAGAGACUGGACGCUACCUAUCACAGCCACCACUGAAGAGGCAAGUCUUUGCGUCAUGGACAGAGUGAAGAUGGCCAAGCCAGUAGUAUAGCGCUCUGUCAUAGGGGUUGCUCAAUCUUCUAUGAAGUUAAGUUUAGUUGCUGUAUAUUGGGUUGUUGCUGGCUGUUCUUAGUUGGGCAGGGAUAUUGAAUGUAAUGAUACCCAAGCCUUUUGCGUAUCCCCAAGUAUAGUCCAUGUACCUUGGCAUUUUCUCUAUCGUUGUGUGGUGUCCAGGCUUUAGAGAAUCCAUCUAGUCUGCAGUAUAGGUUGCAACCAUAUGAAAAGGGCCAGUGCAUUCUCCAGGUGAGGGUAUUUUAUUAUGUUUCUUUUCUUCGGAUGAAGUGGUCGAUGUAAUCAGAUUUUAUUGCUGGAUGAUCAAUGUAGUGGUGUCAAUUUGUAUUUUGGACUAGUGAUCCAAUGGACUAAGUUUGUCAAUGGAAUUGAAAUUUUAGUUUUGGAGUUACUGAAAUACCACAUCUAUAAGUGAAUUUUCAGCCGAGAUGUCUUGA